AACAAAGCUUGGAAGGAUUCACAUGGUGAGUGUGUGAGAGUUUUGGAAAAAUGGCAUCGAUAACGGGACCGCAGAUUCUACUGCAGUCUUGUUCUCCCUCACUCAAACUGAGAUUGAAAUCACCCUUUCUUCUCUUCCGAAAUCCAUUAACACGUCGGGCCUUGUGCUACUGCUCCAUCAAUUCCACUUCUCACGAUUCCAUUUCCAUUGUGCCUGAACUUCUUCAAUAUCUCAACGAAUCAUGGACUCAAUUCCACGCCACAGCCGAAGCUAAACGACAAUUACUCGCUGCCGGUUUUCACCUUCUCAACGAGAACCAACAGUGGGACCUCAAGCCCGGUGGACGCUACUUCUUCACCCGAAACAUGUCUUCUUUGGUUGCUUUCGCAAUUGGAGAAAAGUACAAUGUCGGUGACGGUUUCCACGUGAUAGCGGCGCACACGGACAGCCCCUGCCUGAAAUUGAAGCCGAAAUCGGCGUCUUCGAAAAGCGAUUAUUUGAUGGUGAAUGUGCAGACUUAUGGAGCUGGCUUAUGGCACACUUGGUUUGAUAGGGAUUUGAGUGUUGCGGGGAGGGUCAUUCUAAGAAGUGGCGAUAAUUCUUAUGUCCAUAAGCUUGUUAAAGUCAAUAGACCUAUUUUGCGCAUACCCACACUCGCCAUUCAUCUUAACCGCACAGUGAACCAGGAUGGUUUUAAACCAAAUCUAGAGACUCAUCUUCUUCCCUUACUAUCCAUGAAAUUUGAGGAUAUUUCUUUGGAAUCAAAAGAGAAGAGUACUGCAUUGUCAUCUAAAGCUCAUCAUCAUCCGCUGCUUAUGCAGAUACUUUCAGAUGAGUUAAACUGCGAUGUUGAUGACAUAGUGAGUAUUGAACUGAAUGUUUGUGAUACUCAACCCAGCUGCCUUGGAGGUGGAAACAAUGAGUUUAUAUUUUCUGGAAGAUUAGAUAAUCUAGCUUCAAGUUAUUGCGCAUUACGGGCACUUAUUGACUCAUGUGAGUGUCUCGGUGACUUAGCAAAUGAACAUGCUAUUCGGAUGGUUGCUUUAUUUGACAAUGAAGAGGUGGGUUCAGGUUCGGUUCAAGGAGCUGGUGCACCCACCAUGUUUCAGGCCAUGAGACGUAUAGUUGGUGACUUAGCAAAUAACUAUGUUAGUGAAGGUUCUUUUGAGCUCACUAUUCGCCAAUCAUUUCUUGUUUCUGCAGAUAUGGCCCAUGGAGUUCAUCCAAAUUUUGUGGAUAAGCAUGAGGAAUUCCACCGACCAGAGCUGCAGAAAGGACUCGUUAUUAAGCACAAUGCAAAUCAGCGCUAUGCUACCAGUGGAAUCACAUCUUUUCUUUUUAAAGAAGUUGGAAGAAUUCAUAACCUUCCAACUCAGGAAUUUGUGGUUAGAAAUGACAUGGGAUGUGGAUCAACCAUUGGUCCAAUACUUGCUUCUGGGGUUGGCAUCCGAACUGUUGACUGUGGAAUUGCUCAACUUUCAAUGCACAGUAUAAGGGAAAUAUGUGGGAAGGAAGAUAUAGACACUGCUUACAAGCAUUUUAAAACUUUCUAUCAAAGUUUUUCAAGCAUAGACAAGAUGCUGACAAUCGAUAUUUGAGCUUUGCUGCCGAGCCUGUUUUUGGUAGAGUCACAUUUGCUGAGGGAGUAGUGAUCUAGAUCAUGAAAUCAGAACAAAUGUUCUAAGAUAGCUUUCGAUUCUCUGCUUCAAUCUGAGAACGAAACUUGAUUCUCCUUAUUGAACACAUGAAAGGAUUUUUUUUUUGCAAAUAUUGCUGUGUUCAGCUUCUUUCUUUUUGCCCAAAGGGUACUAAAUAUAUUAAAUUAAAAUAUCAAAAUUUUCUAGUCAGCGGCUCUCAGAAUGUAUGGAUUACAUGGGAAGAUUAGCACCAUCCGAAUGCUUAUUCUCACAUUUAAGAGUAAAUGCUCAAAUUAAUCUAUCAUGAGCGUCGAAUAAUUUGGUUGAGAUUUUUAAAAUGAGCUUGUUAAUCCUUGAGACUUUGUUGGAUACUUUUUAGUCCAACUAUCAAUUUAUGUUAUAAUGAUGUUAACAAGUGACAUCUGAGAUGCCAUGUUGUUUCACAUAAUAUCGGGGACGAAUCUGAUCAAUUUACAUAUUUGUUGUUAUAUUUUUUCUC